AUGACAGAUGAGUUUCUGUUUCAAGACAAUAAGAACCAUACUGUCUGUAUAAAUCCAACAAAAGAAACUUUAAACGAGAAACCUAUAAAUGAACUUCUUUUGAAAGCAGAUGUUGACAACAAAGCUGACAAAGAAUAUGUAGACGAUGCAAUAGCAAAAGAAGAAGAAAGAGCUAACAAUGCUUAUGCAACAAAAGAACAUACUCAUCCUGAACUAGCAGACAAAACAUAUGUUGACAAUAAAAUGUCAAGUGAAGUGACAAGAGCUGAAAACGAAUAUUCUAAAAAGACUCAUAUACAUUCUAUAUCUGAUAUUACAAACUUACAAGAAACCUUAAACAGGAAAAGUGCCGUUGGACAUACACAUUCUAUAUCUGAAAUAACAGACUUAAACGUUAGCCUUGAAAAGAAAGCAGACAAGAACCAUACACAUGAUUUCUUCACAACUGUUGCUAUAGAAAGUAUUGAAGGAACGGUUGAAGAAACUGGUGGGGAUGUAUUAUAUUAUAAACCUCCUAACUUUCCACAAGGUUUAACAUCGGAUGACGACAUAACGACGAUGAGAAACAUUAGAUGUAAAGAUGUUUAUGUCAUGAAGGAUGAACAUAAUAUUAAAUUCACUGCUCAAGAUUUAUAUGACAAGAAAGCAGACAAAACAGAGCUUCAAACAUUAAAGACAGAAAUACUUCAAACAUUAUAUCCUAUAGGCUCUAUUUAUACGUCAAUGAACUCUACCAGACCAGAAGUAGUACUUGGUUUUGGAACUUGGACUCAAAUAGUCGACAGGUUUUUGUAUUGUGCAAACUCUUCAAAGGAAACAGGUGGAAGUAAAACGAUUUCAGGUGAAAAUUUACCUGCACACAGUCACUACGUAAGAUUAACUACAUCUGAAGCAGGUUGGCAUAAGCAUAGAUAUUGGGAUUGGAGAGGAAUGACAAAAGGUAAAGGAUAUGAUGUUAAAGAGGACGUUAAGUUUGCUAUAAAUUGUUUCUGGGAUGACACGCAGGGAGAAGGAAUCCAUUCACAUUUCGUUACAGGAUAUACACAUCCAACGGGACAAAGUAAAGAAUACAUGCCACCUUACAUGACAGUUUACGCAUGGUAUAGAAAUGCUUAG